AUGCCUGAGCCUGUGACCGUCGCGGGCGUCAUGGGCUUCACCGGCGUGCAGGCUGGCCAGAUAUUCCGAGUUCGGACAAUCUUUCAUUCGGAGGAGAAGAAGGCCGCCUCGGAGUACGAGCUCAAAGCGAUGCGGAAAGAGCUUAAAGAAUUCAAAAAAGCGCAGGACGAACUCAGGAAUGAGUUGGAAGUGUCGCGAAAGGAGCGAGAAGCAUUAGAAAGGAGGUUGGACGCCGUCGAACAUCAGCUCGUCGCCGGGCUCAACGGGUUGAAAUAUCCUGGCAACUUGAAGAAAAUGAGCGACGACCUCGAAGCAUUGCGCCACCUUGAAGAAGCGCUCUCCCGCCCCGCUGCGAACGCAGGCUUGCCCACGGCGAGUCACCGAACUUCACAACAGGACUUCAACAACAAGGAGCUUAUUCUUGCCAAGUGCCGCGGCGCGUUGGAGGACAUGCUUCUCGAGCAGCACGUUAAACCCGGCACCUCAGGCUCACCGGUGGACAACUCCCACUACGCGAGGCUUUGGAGACAGAGGCUCGAUGAAGCGGGCGGCGAGCUUCCGGCACGCAUCGCCUACGCCAGGUCCUUGAUAGCAGGCGCAGGCCCUUCUAAAUUCGAAAACGUCGUGAACUCGGACAACGCUAUGGCGCUAGUUUGCGCGAAGGUCUGUCCGUUUUGA